CUUCCCAGACUCGUGGCCCGAACCCCUGGGCGAAGGCGAAGGGGACACCCCGUCGCCCCACCGACCCGUCGCGCACCACCCGUCCUCGCCGUCCCACCCCGGCUCCAAGACCCCGGAAGCCCGUGGUGGAAAGAACGGCUGUGCAAAUAGGGGCCUUCGACCAACGCCCACUCGGAUUGCCGAGUGUUACCCGGAUCUAACAGCCUAUCGGAAUCGGAUGCCGCGUCCGAACAGAGACUAUACCGGGUCGUCGCACAGCCUUCCGACAUUGGUCUCGUCUAUCAACAUCAGCGACUCGGGCCUCGCGGGGGGCGGCAAAGGGUUCACGGGGCCCCGUGAUAUCAGGAACAAGGUUUGUGUGGAGGACGCCAACUGGGACGUUCACUGGCUUUCGCCUUUCAUCAGGGACUGGGUGGCCGGCAUCCCCGACUGCCCGCGGACGGAUUUUGACCAGGGCGUUGGCGAGCACUGGAAGCGCGACAUUGACACCAACACUGGUCACUUGUUGGGCAUAGUCGCUUACCCCGAUUCCUUUGUCAACCAUGCGGAUAUUGACUCGGCCCUGGAAUGGCGCCGACAGAACUGGUCGUCCACUCUUCUCGUGUCCCGACAUAACACGAACCGGCAGGGCAACCAUCGCUUUGGUAAGAACUGUCGUGGCAACACCCGCAACCACCGCGAUCCGGUGCUGGAGAUCGAGGAGGGCAUGAUUUUGGAGGUCCACGAGACGCCCAUCGAGAGGCCCGAGUACAACCGCUAUGUGCCGCGCAUCCCCUGCUUCCUGCGGCCGGCGGAGAAGUACGACAUGGAGGGCAGUGAAAUUGAUCUACAACUUCGAAGGGAGACCGGCCUCCAGACGCUUGACUCGGAAGCCCUGUCCGCGGAGGUUUUUGAGAAGAUCCUUAACACUGCUCAAAAAUGCGGGAUGCCGUUCAUUGUCGCUGCCCGCGGCUCAGCCAGGGAGUUGGGUUUGACCAAAGGCAACCUAUCGUACUCGGUCUUCCGCCAGAUCCCAUCCACCGAGAAGGUUAGGCACGGCGAGAUCCUCGGUUUCACCUUCCUCUCCCCAUGGCAGCCUGGUUUAGCAUGCAGCAGCAACGGCAGCAGCAGGGCAAGGGCCAAGAUCCACGUCUACGUUCAUCCGCUGUAUAGGCGCAAAAAUAUUGGCUUUUCGCUCCUCGACAUGCUGCUCACGACCGUGUCGGAUCGGUUCUCCAGCCAGACGGGUUACGACUUCAUCGACCCUAACGACAGCAGUGUCUACAAGAACUCGGCCACCCGUGAGCGGCAGUAUUUCCGCCUGUACAUCAGCUACAUGGUCAAACACCAGAACCGGACAGACGACGAGAAGCUGGAGGCGGAGCAGAAGACUCAUGAGAAUGACUUGGUCUGGGUCAAGAAGCUGCUCAAGGAUCAGCUCAACUUCACCGAGGUCGCGCGAUACAGGGCGGUACACCGCUCUCCCAAGGGCCGCGAGCGUGGCGUCCACUGGCUUGAUGAGGUGGUCUUUGAGCACACUUGCCGCUUUGAUCUGCGCGAUAUUAAGGAAGGCUACUAGGUUGGCGGGUGCAGGAUCAAAUGCUUGAUAGGAUCUGGGGCUUUCUGUUUCUUCUCUGGCCCGUGUCUUUGUUCUGGGCUUCUUGCUGAUGUUCGAGGAUAUGUAUGGCGUAAUUUGUACGAGCAAGAUGCGGGUUAAUUUGUGGAGCAGAAGCCAACAAAGACAAAUCUUUCUUGA